CCAAGUUCAACAACAUUAAUCCAAUCAACGAAAAAGGCAAAAUUGCAGAAGAAGCUAAAGAAAAAAAACUCAAUCUUUCAUAGAAAAGAGAUAGUUUGAGAGUGAACUCAGUUGAAGAAGAUGAGACAUAGGAGUGAUUUGAAGAGAAUAAGAGAGGCUGUUACACUCUACAACAGCAGAAGAAAAUCUUCACAGAAGUUUAAUUUGGUUGGUUUUGUCAUUGAGUUUUCUCUUCCCAGAAAGAGUCAAGGCACUGAUUAUGUAACUACAAUCAGAGUUGUGGAUGAGUUACUGUCUGAGCUAUUUAUUAACAUGUUUGCUGAGAAGGAAGAGCAUCUUCCUCAUCUCAAAUCUUAUAAAGAUUUAAUUGUUCUAAACAAUGUCAUGAUGAAACACUAUGUUGAUGGUGAUGAGAUUUGUGCUGUUUAUUACAAACAAACUUCAUCAUUUGCUUUAUUUGAUGUCAAAACUACUACAAAUACUCCUUAUCAAACUUCACCUGGUUUUCAUCUCCAAAAACAUGAUAUCCCUUGCAUUACCUCUAUGAGAGCUUUGAGUAGUCGCUAUGAAGUUAGUGCUGGAAGGAAUGAGUAUCUUAUGACAAUCAAAGAUCUGGGAACUAAGAUGUUCUUUGAUCUAGUAUGUCAGGUUUUGUAUGUUCAAAAAUUGGAAGUUGGGUGUAUGCUUUUUGUGUGGGAUGGAAAUGAUGCACCUCCAUUAAAGGUUCAAACAAUGCAUGAAGAUGAAGAACUAAGCCCCCUACCACUAGAAAUUGAAGCGAAAACGCUCAACAUGUUAAUCCUUAGUAAAUUUCCUUGUGUUGGAACUGUGUUGAGAGUGAAGGCUCCUGUUGAUAUGAGUGCCUACUUUCAAGAAGAAAUGGGGCAAUGGGUGAAGAUUCGGAACAUGAAAUGUGAAGAAACAGAAUCUGGUUUAUGGCUUGGUACUUUGCUUCCCACCACUAAGGUUAGGCUCCUUCCUAACAGUGAUCCAAUUGUCAUGGAAUGUAAAAGAGCAAUGGAUGAGCGCGGAGUUGGCAGACAAGGUCGAUCGCCUUUAGGAAGUAAUCCUCUCUCUGGUUUAACAGUGGUAGAUCCCAAAGAAUUCCCAUAUGCAACAUUGAUGGAUCUCAUCACUCACACAGAGAUCGAAACCAUAGUGAGAUGUGUUGUUCGAGUAGUAGCGAUCUCCCCUUCGAAUCUGGAUAGCUUUCUUAGCCAGAAUGAAGAGUGUAAGAUUAUACUGACACUAGAAGACCCAACAGCAAGAAUUCAUGCCUUAUUAGAUUCCCAACAUUGGGGUGUUUUCUUUGAAGAUUUCACCUCUGAUGACUCUGAUGCUUUAAAAAGAAUGAAGAUGAACAAAUUGUUAGGAUGUGAAAGAGAUCACAGGAAUCCACCUUGGAUAGAAUGCUGCAUAAAGUCCAAUGGUAAUAGAAUCUAUUUCAUCUGCAACACUAAGCUUGUGCCAUAGUGCCUUGUGUUUGAGUACAUAUUAGUUUGUAAUUGUAUGGUUGUGUGGUUAAGAAUAAAAAUGGCAUUAGAAAAAUCAUAUUUUAUUC